GGCAUCCUCUGUGACGUCACCAGCGUUGUAGUAACCACCAGUGCCCUACUUUUUCUCAGUCCCUGCCUGGCAGAUACACAGGAAGACAUGUUUUCCCGGCUUCGCAAGAAUUUUGGGAGAGUGAACGCCGAUUUUGGACAGACUGGAGUGAGGGAAUCUCGCCUUUCAUCAAAAAUAAAUGAUGGACAACGAAAGCUGGCCUGGGGAAUGCUGAAUGAUGGGAGACUGACAUCAUCCCCUGGCCCUGUGGUAAUCAACAAGGAGGCCAACACGGAGAACACAGAAGAACAGAGACUGAUUAGACAGCUGCAGUCAGCUACUGAGGAGAGAAAUGAGCUAAGAGAUCUCCUGACUUAUGUGACAGAGAGAUACAGGAACAACAGGGCCAGCCGCUACAUCAGGUCAAAUCCAUUUUAUGAAAAAUUGAAGAUAAAGGAGAGGGAGGUCAUGUCAUUACUGCACAACUUAGAGAUGAGGAACAUCGAGCAUUGUGAGAAAUUUCAGGAGCUCCAGAAGGAAAUUAACUUCUAUCGGAACCUGCCCAGCCGGAUCCAUAUGGACAAGAUAUGUAUGCAGAAGAAGUUGUUCCCAUUCAGAAAGGAGGGCAAAGCAGAACAGCUUGAUUCUGCACCGCUGCUACAGAAAUUUUUGUUUGAUUUGAACAAGAAAGAUAAAGACGAACAGGAGAAAACCAGCAACCUCCAGACCAAGCAACAUCUGGUAGGGACAAGCAGCUGUGUCAGCCUAAAAUUAUCUGAUUCCAUUUGCCAAUUUGAUACAUGUUUGCUUUCCCUACCACCUUAAUAAUGUACACUCCAACAAUACAACCACCUCAUGCUAUGGAAUGUUCAUUCCUCUGUCUGUGCACGAGUAUUCUGGGAAGACAACCACUUUUCAGGAACUGACUUAUUAACAACUAUGCUUUGGUGCUCUUUUUGAAGCUGCAGUCUGGAAAUGGUGACAGAUGAAUAACCUAUCAUAUUACUGCAUGUCCCUGUGAUAGAAUGGAUGCUAUG